GGCAGCUCACUCCCAGCCUCCAGCAUCGUGGUGGUUGUUUGGGGGGUGGGGGGAGGAGAGAGAGAGACCCUUGUCGUCCAAUCCCUCCGCGCUUAUCCAACUAUAGCUCUAUUUUCAAGCCCCCCCCCCCCGCUCCGAUCUCUCUUCCUCUCCCGGCGUGCCUGAUUCAAGGCAGCCGAAAGGCGCGCUGGGUCCUCUGCGCGUCUUUGCCAUGCGUCUCCUCUGGAGCUGAAACGCACCGGAGGGCUGCGGAGCCCCCGCUCGCCUACGACGAGGAGCGCGCGCGUCCCGCCCGACCGCCCACCCUUCCUGCUCUCUCGUGGCGGCGUUGCAAGCCAGCCUCGACGUCUCCCCCCCCCAGCCCCCCGAAAGCAAAAAAGGAAAAAAGGGGGGAAAGCCCCCUUCCAAAAGCUGCGUCCUCCUGCCUUUCCAAAUUGCAAAAAGAGGCUGCAGCAAACACCCAACACCACCAUUAUUACCACCGCCGUCGUCGCCACCUCCUCCUCCUCCCUUUCUCCUUUUGGCAGCACCAGGACGUCCGGUGUGGUGCUUCUGCUGCUGCUGCUGCUGCUGGGGGCAGCGCGCACGCGAGCUCGCCUUCGGCGCCUGCCGCUUUCUUCCGAGGUGCCUGGCCGGGCGGGGCGAGCGAUCGCGGAGGCGACGAGAGCGCGGCUGCAGCCCAAGCCAGGAGCCACGAUGAGCGCGCGAGCCGAAGGAGCCGGCCAGCCCUCGACUUCGGGAAGCGCCGCCGCCGCUGCCGCCGCUUCCCAGGAGCAACCUGCCACCUCGGAGCCCCCGAAGAGGGGUCGCGGCAGACCCAGGAAGCAACCCCAAGAACCAAUGGGAGAGCCAUCUCCUAAAAGACCAAGAGGAAGACCUAAAGGAAGCAAAAACAAGAGUCCCUCUAAAGCAGCGCAAAAGAAAGCAGAAGCUACUGGAGAAAAACGACCAAGAGGCCGGCCCAGGAAAUGGUACAGUCGUACCUUGGCUCCCAAAUGCCUUGGGAGUGAAACAUUUCAGCUCCCAGACAGCCGAAAACCGGAACCACAACAGGUGACCCAGAAGAAGCCAGCUCGGGAACAGACUGAAGAGACAUCCUCACAAGAAUCUGCAGAAGAUGAUUAGAAGACCACACAUUGCAAUUUCUACCUCAUCAGCAGUUGGGUCUUUUGAAGGGAGAAGACACUGCCUUGACCACUUGCUUCUGUUGCCACAACCUUUCCACUUUGGCCUGAGGGGGGACGGGGAGGGGGGAAAUCACAUAACCUUAAAAAGGACUUAUUAAUCACCUUUGUUGUAAUCCCUUCACUGCCCUGGUUUUAGUGAAACUGCUGUAACACAGGGGGACACCGAUAAUGAUGCAACAUUUAAUUACUGUUUUCUCGUUUAUUUUGCUUUAACCUACUAAUAGUUUGUUUGAGCUGCUAAGUAAGGGUGAAUGGGUCAGUAAAUCUCUGAACCGGGUUUUAAGUCAUUCACUGCACUGCAUAUAAAUAAGACUUUUGUAAAAUAUUAAUUAUAAUGGGCAUUCAAAUAAGAAGGCCUUGGUGUCUGACACCAGUCCUUACAACACCUCUGACAACCCACUCCCCUAGCUUAGUAAUUUCCCUGUUUAGAACACCAAAGAUAAGGAUUAGAUACUACUCUUUUUAUAGCCUUGUUCUAGAUUUGUGCUUGAUUGAUUGAUAUAUUUUUUUAACAUUACUGGUAUUUCAAGAUACAUUGAUGGCUGAUAUUUUUUCACUUAAUUCAGCUGAUAUUCAGGAAAGAAAGCCACAAGAAAAAAGGUACUUUUAUUUGCGAAAGGGAAAAAAACCGACAAAGAUACAUUGUAAUACACAUAUAUCUGCAGAAGUAGUACUAAACAGAACUCAACAACACACCUCUGUGGGAACACAUUGACGUCUCUUCAGGUAGACUAUGCUUUCUGGGAAGCCUCUGUUGCUUACAGACGGUUGACAGCAGACCCUCUCUCACAACACACAUUUAACAGCUGAAAUUUGAAUUUAAAACAAUACCUCAGAAUUGUUCCGAAUCAUGGUCAUAAACUGGAACUGAGGGCAAAGAGUCAAAUUCUUCGUUUGACUUAACUCACUACUGUCGGUCCCGUUCUAUUGUCUCUAAACAAAUGGAUCUCUGUUCUUAAAUCACACAUCUCAAUGCAAGAGCCAACACCGUGUACCUCAAGUGAGCUUGCUAUUACUUUUCAGCAAUAUACCUUGACAUAGGAUGGUUUGCUGGGCAGCUUUAACCCAGUUACAUGUCUCCACCUUUUUCACUCAAAGCAGCACUUUUUAGCCACAAAUGCAAUAUUAGCCCACUUUUCAAUACUACCUCUGAUACGUACCAUUAACUCAACAGUCAUAUAAACAUUUGCUGCUAUAAUCAUGCAAUGCAGGUUAUUAUUAUUGGGUAGGUAAACAUUAAUUUCUGCAUUUCCCCCUUAUUUCUACUUUUGUCACCUAAUUUCAGCCAAGGAGACGAUACUUUUAGUGUUUUUCAGCAUAACCAUGUAAUUCCCCCCCCCUUUUAUGCCUUUACUCUGCUAAAUUUCUAUGUAAUGUACCAUUAACUUGAAUAUAUUUUUGUACCGAAUUGCUCAUAAGGUUUGUAAGGAUAAUUUUCUUCGAUAACACUACAUGACAGGAAAAAAAUAAUAAUUAACCGCAAUGUUUAAAUAUUACUGUCCAAGUUUGUACCUCAAAUAAUUUUUUUUAAGGAAAUGGACUAGUUGAUUGACAAAGACCUACCUCCAGACUAUAAAUGGAAUGAACUUGUUGUUUCUUUCAACAUUAGUUUUUGGGAAGAUUGAAACAUUUAGGACUGCAACAAAUCCCUGAUCAAAACUAUUUUUUUGUAAAUGAACUUUGUGGGAAAUGAAUGCAUUAAUUACUUUCCUAUUAAAAACAACCCUUCAAAGAAACUUGAAUCUUUGUAGGUGGGAGGCAACAAGCUCAGCUUUUUGCAUAAUGCAAUCACGAAUAUGUGCGUGUGUUUUAAAAAACUAGUAGAUUGUAUGCGAAUACUUUUCAAGUAUUUUCCAUGUAUUUUUCACAAAUGUGAUUUUUAAAAAAAAUAAUGUGUCAACCAGAUUUAUUUUAAAUGCUUCUUAUGUAGAGUUUGUUUAAUACUUCUUUCUCUUUCUCCUUAUCCCUUUCUACGUCUCUCACACAGCCUGCUUGUUAACAUGGUUUUACUAUUUGGGCCAGGGGUAGUUUCUCAGGAAGGCUUUCUUCAGUAUGACUCAAGUACUUAGCCAAAUGCAACUAAGGAAAGCUACUUCCUGGCUGCCUCACAAUAGAGAACAUUAAGACACAAACGCCUCACUAAGGAACAAGAGUACUUACUGCUGUGGAUCACCAAGGAUGGAAUUAGCGGCAGGGUAGGGGUGGAAUUGGCAUCCUUGCGUUACCAAGCUGCCUUAUGGGCCCUAAGUCAUGUCUAUUCAAGCUGUUGCCCGGGAUCAAAAGCACAGUGACUGUGCAUGGAGGCAUUUUAGCCCCCUGAAAAGCCCUUCACCUUUUCCAAAAAGAUUGCAAGGUGCUCUGGAGCAGCACCCCAUGAGGCACAGUGGGUUACUGUUUGAAGAAAUUAGCUAAUUAAUAGGGACACUGGGGCAGGACUUGAUAACAUGCUCUGUUACCUCUGUCAUGGAGUUUUCAGAUGCACACAGGCCACACUCCAAAACUCUUGUAAGUGUCCAAGGUGCACACGUAAUCCAUUCAGGAGGGGAGAAUUUCUCUUCAGUUUUAGAGAGUGUUCUGAACACAAAAACGGGAAAUCCCCGUGGAGAAAUGCAUUUGAGAGACUCGUUGAAGGGAAUUAUGUAGCCCUUGGCAGCGUGGUAUAUUCCCUGUUCUGGGGCAUCUGGAUUGGUGUAACAGCAUGAGACAAAACAAAUGUUAUCCGUAUAUGUGGGUCAGAUAUCAAACUCCAAGGGUCUUUACAGCUCUGAUGAAAUUAAAUCUUAUAUUUUCUGUAAUAUUGUAGAACAAUCAAAAUACAUUACUACCUCUCAGGGUCUUCUAUACCUCAUUUUUCAGACUGAAAAAAAACCUGCUUGUGACCACUGAAACAGAAAGAUCAUCAUAAAAAUUUAUAUAUAUAUAGUUUAUUUUUGUGGGAGAUAAAUUUUAUAGGACUGUUCUUUGCUGUCAUUGGUCACAGCUAAAUAAGACUGGACAUUAACCUUUCUGCCGUUUCUGCAAGAGGGAUGUGCUUGCAGAAGAAAAGUAUCAAGAUGUAUAACUACAGUUUACUUUUUCCUGUUUUCUUUGCCUGUCUCCUAACUCUUCGCUUUGUUAUUCAUAUAGAGUUUCUGACUACGACUGUACUUUGAAUUGCUUGCUUGUUGAACAUGUUCUUUUAAUGGAUUAUCACCGUCUGUUCAGCACAAUAAACAUAAUAGCCGCUGUAAUCCC